CUUGCACAAAACAGGAAAAUCGUAAAGGAUUCUGGUAGUAGUGGUAGUGGUAGUCAAAAUACGUCAUCACGCAUAUCGCCCAAUUUCCGGUCAAGUGUAGGCCAGUCUAUCUGUAGCAGCAUCGGACAAAUACAACCGUCUUUCAGUACAAUAGACGAUUAUUAAAUCGAAUAACUCUGCCAAAUCGAGAUCGUGCACCAAGGAGGAAGUCUGCUGCGCUUCUGAUUUCCCCUUGAAGAAUUCCUUGAAGUACUGGCGCACUUUCAUAAGUAGUUUCCUCAACUUCCUCAUCACUGCUAGGAUCGAACUCAUCCACCAAUUCCUCAUCUGCUGUAUCAUCUUCUGCUGUUGGGGCAUCCUCUCUUUCGGUGGCCUUGGCACCUGCAUGUUGCGCAGAAGUGAUGGUGACCGGGUUGUCUAAUGCGACGCACUCUCUCUGAUGCAGGAAUUCUGCUAAGAUUUCAAGAUGUCUGAGAAGUAUAUGACGAGGUUUGAUGAGAGGAUGAAAUCUCCAACAUUUGACGAAAUUGACUGCAGUGAUCCUGUGGCGUUUUACAAUGCACGAGAACGUUGGGCUUUAGAAAGGCUCAUUGAGUUGGAAACUGUGAAGAUAUACCAAGAAAGAGUCAAGGAAUGUUACAGAAGAGAGGAAGUCAAUGCCAAACAAUACUGCAGAAAAGUAGUCAAUGACUAUAGGAAAGCAUUCAAUGAGUACAAGAAGAAAGCUUGGUUCCAUACUGAAGGUGGUGACUGGACCAAAUACAAAGUGGAGAUUAGUGGGGAAUGACAUUUUAUAAUUAUAAUGUUUACAUACUGAUGGUAAUGAUGCUCUGUAACACCUGUGAUACACUUUCAGUUCCUUAAAUGGAGAAAAAGUGAUUUGAAAGUCCCUAUCUAUGCCUUCUUCUUCUGUGUUUGCAUUGAUUUCAAUUUUUCCAAGCAUUUUGGUUCUAUUGUAAAUUGUAUACAUUUAAAGGGUGAAGAAUAUCAUCGAAAAAACCAGGAAAGAUUUAUUACUCGACGUUUCGGGGUCAUCGUGACUCCAUUAUCAAGAGACUAGUUUAAAAACA